AUGUCAGUCAGGGAGACGCUGCAGGGGUUUGGUGAGGAUAUAGUGUGGUUGGUUGUGUUCGCAUUCUUUAUAUCUAGAGCUAUUAUCAAGUCAAAUUUGAGCAAGAGAAUAGCUUACUUUUUAAUAUCAAAGUUAGGUUCUAGCACAAUUGGUCUAUCAUAUAGUCUGAUUUUAACAGAAUUAUUAAUAGCGCCAGUUAUACCAAGUGCAACAGCUAGAGGUGGGGCUAUUAUAUUUCCUAUUGCUCGUGCUAUCAGUGAUCAAUACUCAUGUGAUACUAAAAAUGUCAGCAAUCCAGAAUUAAUUAAACAGUUCUUGAUGAAGAUAUGCUUUCAAUCUAAUGUUAUAACGAGUGCCAUGUUUUUAACUGCAAUGUUCGGUAAUCCAUUCAUAGCCAAAUUAGCGCGCGGCGUUGGUGUGGAAUUAGAUUGGAUUACAUGGGCAAAGGCUGCUUUCAUCCCUGGUCUAUUGAGUCUUAUAUUGUUGCCGUUCAUAAUAAUGUAUGUAAUAAAACCACAUAUAGGAUCUUGUAAUGAAGCUAUAAAAUCAGCAAAGCAUGCUUUAAAGGAAAUGGGAAAAAUCUCCACUGGAGAAAUAGUUGUUUUGUGCACUUUUGUACUUCUGUUAGGACUUUGGAUGUUUGGUUAUAAUAUUGGCAUUAACUCAACAGCUACUGCGUUAUUGGAUUGUGUGAUCUUAGUAUUAUGUGGUGUGAUUACACUAGACGAUAUAAUUCAAGAGAAAGGAGCUUGGGAUACUUUUAUAUGGUUUGGAAUAUUUGUAACUUUAUCAAGUGCGUUAAGCGGAUCUGGUGUUAUGGGUAGAAUCACUGAAGAAAUCAGAGAUAUAAUUGUACAAAAGUUGGAUGCAGAUAAGGCUGAAGAGAUACAUGUCAUAGAUCUUAAAGGCAAGACAGAUAUAGCGCUUUAUAUGAUCAUUGCAUCUGAGCUUUCUAUGAGACAUGUUAAAUCUUUAGCUGAUAAUCUCUCGCAAGAAUUAAAAAAUCAUAUAAGUGACGAUUUCAAUAUAGAGGGGCUUAACACAGGAAAGUGGGUUCUAAUAGAUGUGAAAGACGUUAUUGUGCAUAUAUUUCAACCAGAGAUAAGAUCGCAGUAUGACAUAGAUAAGCUCUGGAAUAACGACUGA